GGGCCUUUUGAGCUGCUACAAUUUUGGGAAACGAUCCUGGGAGCAAAAUUGCAGUUUCCCAAACCCAAAAGGAAACACAAAACAGAAGGAGCCAACAGCACCUCCUCCACUAUAAAAGCUCCUUCCAGCCGCGAGAAACUCCAGCAUGUUCUUUUUUUUUUUCAAACUCAAUUUUAUCUCCCUCAGUAUUUUUUUCUUUAUUUCUUUUCUUAUGGGUGAAUCGGAAAACCCCCUCCUCAAUGAAUUCUGGGCCGAGCAGUCAACUCCUCCUGAGCCGGCCCCCAUCGCCGGCCAAUGCUUGAAACCGACCCUUAAUGAUUGCACAAGCUUCAAUCGGACCAGAAUUGCCGACUAUGGAAUUCAGACAUCUCGUGAUGCCAAACGUGUUGCUGGCUCUGCAAAGAUAUCAGAGUUGAGCAACAAGAACAGAACAUUGUCCUCCAAUACUCUUAUGAGCUCUGAGCAGGAAAUUGAAUGCGGCGGGGCUUCCAUGAAGCUUGCAUCUGGAUUUCUUAAGCAGAAGCAAUUUGAGGAGGACAUUCAAUGCAGAUUGAUUAAUUGUGAUACUCCUACCAAAGGAAGGAAGAGAUCCCAGUCAUCUCUUGGAUUGCCAACCUCUAGUCAGUUAAAAAGAUCAAAGAGAUCAUCACCAGCAGAAAGAAGACCAUCAUCAAUUGAUGAUCUCCCUGACACGGCAUUGGUUGAAAUCCUUUGCCGACUUCCAUCAAGUAAAUUUGUGUUUCAAUGCCAGUGUGUGUCCAAGCGUUGGCGCACACUCAUCUCAGAUCCUUAUUUUAUCGGCCGCUUUGUGCAUAUCCAAGGUUAUAGGAAAACUCCAAAGAUGUGCACUCUAAUAAGUCAAAAAGGAGAGGAAUUCCCUCCUAAAAUGCCAUGGUCAUCCAAGCUACUAACCCCAGUGUUCAAACAAAUAAUGAGUUUCCACUCUUUGAGAAAAAAGCCAGUUGUGGUAGCAACGUAUAAUGACUUAGUUUUGUGCUGCGCAACUGAGGAUUAUCAACGCAAUUACUACAUCUGCAAUGCAUACACCAUGCAAUGGGUUGCUCUUCCUCCCACCCCAGGUCGAUGCCACGAUUGGGUACUAGUGGGAUUCAUCUGUGAUAUUCCCUACUAUAAUUCUAAGAAAGAAGAUUGGAAAGGGCAUAACGUCCAGCUUAAUGCUAAGUGUGUGUGCAACGUUGUGAGAAUUCUUCCUCCUGAUGAAUCUGCAAAUGAUGAAAAAUGUGAUUCCUUAAAAUUAAGCGUGGAGAUCUUCUCUUCUGAGACUGGUGAAUGGAGAGAAUCAGUUGUGGCUUCCCCACGAUACUUUGAUUUUGAUGACCUUGAAGAUAUAUCCUUUGCAUACAAUGGGAUGUUAUAUUGGACAAGUGACGAAGACCUUCUUUUUGUUGGUUUGGGUCCCUUCAACGACAAUAACACGACAACUAGUAGUAGUAGUAGCGGUAAUGGUGAUGGCGUUAUUGAUCAUAAACUUCAUUUUACUGUAUUUGAGGAGCCUCUAAAUGGACGUUUUGUAGUUGAGUACCUAGGUAUGUUCGGAGGAUGUGUGCGGAUGUGUGACUUUAAGGCGGCUACCACUACUCUGUAUGUUUGGGAGUUGAAAGAACAAGAUCAUGAUCGGAUGGUCGAUGGCGCUGCUGGCAGAUUGUGUUUAACUAACCACAGGGUAUAUCACUUGGACCCAAAAAUGUAUCUGGAUGGUCCAUUUACGUGCGAAAUGCAGGCUUUUGACCCAAAUAAUAAGGAUAUUUUGUACCUGCGUGUGGAUGGAGAUAUUAUCAAGUGCAACAUUCAUACAAAAAAGUGGUCUAGGAUAGUUAGACGGUGUCCAGUUGGUAAUGGUGACUAUUGGCCAGUUGAGCUCCCAUGGUGGCCAACUCCAGUUCCUAGAUUACCGCAGCAUGCCCAUGGUGGAGGAACUAGCAGCUAGUAGAUAACUUGAAUUAAAGUACUAAACUUUUGUUUGUUAAAGUUGGAUUAUUUGUGUUUGAUAUACUCAGCAAUGUUACACUUGUAUUUGCUGGUAUCCCUAGCAUGUUUUUUUAAUUGUUCUUUUUGUUAACUGUUUUUUACCAUCUUUUCUUAUUAUGGCGAUAUGUGGAGGACUGCGAGUCGUUCUGUACACACCCAGUUUAUUAAUUAAAGCAUUCCUUAAGCUGAA